GGGAGGGGAGGGGAGGGGAGGGGAGCCAGCCAUGGCGACCAUCACGCCGGGGGUGCUGCUCAAGCUCCUGCAGGCGAUGCACACCGACGACCGCGUCGCCGGCGACCACCGCUCCCCGGUCCUCCAGGUCACCGCCGUCGUCCCCGCCCUCACCGCCUCCACCUCCGACUCCCUCCGACUCCCUGCCAACGGCUUCCUCCUCAACCUCUCCGACGGUCUCAACUCCACCUACGUUCAGCUCCCGCCCGCCGACGCCGACGCACUCCUCCUCUCCGCGCGCCCGCACCUCGUCGGACACCUCGUCCACCUCGACCGCCUCCGCUUCGCCCGCCCCGUCCCCCGCGCCGUCGGGCUCCGCCUGGUGCCCUCCUCUCGCGUCGUACCUUGCGUCGACAACGCCGAGCCCCUUGUCGCCCGCCCCGCCGCGUGCUCCCGGGGCUACGUCAUCCAGCCCGCCGCCUCACCCUCCGACGCCGCACCGCCGCUCAUGCCAUCCGGUUCAAAUAUCCAUGACAAUGAUGCCGUCAAAAGGACGGUACUUGGGCCCAAGAACGUCGUCUCCGAGGCCGCGCCACUGCCGGCCGGCUCAGCCGUCAAGCGGCGGUUUUCGUCCCCGGCGCCAUCCAAGCAGCCAGAUCCGUUGCCUUCCGUGAAAGGCGCCUCACGGGCAUCCUCCCCCUCGGUGAAGGGCGCCUCCCGAGCGUCCUCGCCCGCGGUGAGGGGCACACUCAGGGCGACGUCGCCGGCGGCGUCCAAGUGCGUGGUGCCCAGCCUUGUUGCGGCCAAGGAGGAGAACCGUAGGGCGGCCAGGGAGCCGGCGAUUGUCAUCCCUUCAAGGUAUCGGCAACCUUCACCGGCUGGAGGGAGAAGGGGAGCGGCGUCUCCGGCGACUGGUGGGAGGCGAGCAUCCAUGUCCCCUAGUUCGCGGCGGCUGUCCGGGGAAGGGAGCAGCAAGAAGAAGGUUGGGGUUUUGGUUGCUGGGAUCUCCAAGAUGUCCGAUUUGGGAAAUGGAUCGGCCAUGAAACCAGGGAGGAAGAGCUGGGACGAUCCGACAAUGGCCCUUGCGGCGGCGGCGGGUUCGGUGAUGAAGUUCAGGGCCAAGGUAGACAAGGAUACUAUUCUGAGGACCCAGGAAGCAAUGUCAAGGCGACUGAGUGAUGCUACAACAGAACAAUCCAGUAAUGAUGAUUCCUCUGUUGAUGAGAGGCCAAAGCCUCACAAGAAGAUAGAAUCUACCUCAGGAAAGGCGAAAGUCAUAGCUCCAAAAAUUAUACUUCAUGAUCCUAAAUGGACUGAUGGCAGCAUUCCAUUGGAUGCACUUUCUGAUAAACUCUCCAAGAUCGGAAAGGAAGCUAUUGAACGGAGAGAUGCAGCAGCAACUGCUGCAGCUAGAGCCCUUCAGGAGGCAAUGAUCACUGAAUCAGUUGUCAGGAAUCUAAGCAAGUUCUCUGACAUUUGCUCAUCGUCAAAGACCUCCAAUCCACUCCCUACAAUCGAUCUUUUCCUUGCUGUCUAUGAAGAUGCUCUCAAGUGGAAGACCAUUGCUGAGUCUGUAGUGACCAAUGGAGCAGAUGAGGCAUUCUUAGAGAAAUCAAGUACUCAUUGGGUUGAAGCUGCAUUAGCCACUGAUCUUGAAGUCCUCAAGUUACUGAACUGUGCUACUGAAUCCAUCUCUCGAAUUAAGAACACCAAUAAGCCCAAGACUUCUUCAGUGGAGCCUCCAAGAACAAGCCUGUCCAAGAAGCAAUCACUAGGAUCUUCUGCAAAGGGCCAGUCCAAGGUAUCACCAUUCCCUACAGUGAACUGCACAUGGAGUAACACUGAGGGUAUGAACGAGACAGUAGGGCUUGCUAAGACCUUGUGGUGUGAGAUGCAUAUGUGGUUUCUGAAUUUUGUGGAUGAGGCACUGGAUGUGGGCUUCCACUUAUUUGAAGAUCAGAAUGCUGCGAGUAGGGGAAAGCAUGGCAACCACAUAACGAUUGUUUUGUCACAGUUCAAGAAGAUCAGUGACUGGUUGGAUCGAGUUGGGAAGAUUGCAGAGGAGGAGACAACCAAGGAGAAGAUUGAGUGCCUGAAGCGCAAGAUUUAUGGGUUUGUCAUUAGCCACAUGGGGUCUGCGUUCGAGAGCUCAGUUUCAAUUUCAUCAAGAAGUUGAAGGAUACUUAUGCUUCAUGCUCUGAAGCUGGCUUAUAUUAUCAUUUCAAGAAGAUUAAGGUUACCCAAUUCAACAGUCAAGAGGUGUGAGCUACAAUUACAGUACUGGUGUAGUUUUUUUGUUCUUUCUAAUUUAUUAUUUUCACGCUGUGAAUAGGACCUUGGUUUGCGCUUAAGAUCUUCAGGUGCCUUGUGUUUCUGUCAGUUAUGAGGAUCAUCAGGCUAUCAUUGUUGAUUGUUUCAUGGUUCA